AUGGACAGCAGUGGCGAGCUGGGCACUGGCGAGGAUGAGGCUGCGUGCACGUCUGCCUCAGAGGGUCUGGAAGAGGGCGAAGUGGAGGGCGAGACUCUAUUGAUAGUGGAGUCGGAGGACCAGGGCUCUGUGGAUCUAUCACAUGACCAGAGUGGCGACUCGCUCGCCAGUGACUUAGGCGAGGAGGCGGACGGAGCGUGGGCCUGCGAGGAUUUGGCAUUUUACUGCGAGCGCUGCCACAAGUGGAUCCCUGCUGCUCAUCUCCGUGGCGACCAGCCCAGCUACCUGAAAGGAGACAACUUCUUCAAGUUUGUCUGCUGUGACUGCUCCGAAGAUGGCAAGGAGACCUUCGAGAGGAUGCGGCUCACCUGGCAGCAGGUGGUCAUGCUGGCCAUGUACAAUCUGUCUCUGGAGGGGACUGGACGUCAAGGUUAUUUUCGCUGGAAGGAGGACAUCUGUGCCUUCAUCGGCCGACACUGGAACUUCCUUCUCGGAUCGAGGAAGAAGACGUCAACGUGGUGGAGCACUGUAGCCGGCUGUCUGUCGGUCGGGAGUCCUGCCUUUUUCCGCUCAGGAGCACAGGAGUUCAGCGAGCCCGGUUGGUGGAAGCUGGUCCACAACCGACCUCCGACCCUGCGGCCAGACACUGACAAAUCCAGCACUAAGGUCAAAGCGUCCAAAGCGGCGUUGGAGCCCAUCAUCACAGUGGAGGGUCUGAGGAAGCGCAGCACCAGAAACCCGGUAGAGAGCGCCAUGCAGCUGAAGGAGAAGCGCUCACGGACUCAGGAGGCCAAAGACAUUCGCCGUGCUCAGAAGGAGGCGGGCGGCUUUACGGACCGCAGUGCUUCCUCCACGCCAGUCAAAGUGGGCGUAGGCCGCGGCGGAAGCGCCGGUCGCAGACCAGACCUGGUUCUGGAGAAAGGCGAGGUCGUUGACUUCUCUUCCCUCAGUUCUUCAGAUAGAACUCCGCUGACCAGUCCGUCACCAUCACCCUCACCGGAUUUCUCCGCCCCUGGAACCCCGGCCUCCCAUUCCGCCACUCCCAGCCUGUUGUCGGAGGCGGACCUCAUCCCGGACGCCAUGCCGCCUCAGGCCCUCUUCCACGAUGAUGAGGAGAUGGAGGCGGAUGGGAUGAUUGACCCUGGGAUGGAGUACGCCCCUCCCCCCGCUACCAUUUUCAUUGGUCGCAAAAAGCUCCGCCCAGCACCGCCUCACAUCAAGCAUGAGGAGGACAGUGAGGAUGAUGACGGACGGGAGCGCGAGGAUGACUUGGAAGAAGCAGUCGGCCCACCUCUUUCUAGUGGUGCCAACGACAGGUCCGAGCGGAGGAUGGCCGGGCGUUGCGAGAAAAGUGAUGGGGGUGGUGCCCCACAGAAUUCUCAUUACACGCCUCUCAGCCUGUAUGAGGAGAGGAUGCUGCGGCGGCGUUUGGACACAUGCCCUUUAGCGUUAGCCGUCACGCCGCAGGCCAAACGCCUCCACCGCAAGCUGUUGGUCCGUCAGGUCAAGAGGCAGCGAGGGCUCCCCCUGCUGGACAUCGACCGGGCGGUCAGCACCGCCCUCAGCCUGAUGGGAGGAGUCUACAGAGCUCUGGAGGUCGGCGGAGGUCAAUUUGCAACCAACAGACAGGAGCUGCGUGUACUUGAUCGCUUCCAGGUGAAGGGGUCCACGAGGAGGGGCUGCCCUGUGCAGCGGGUGUCCUUCUGCUAUCGACUGAUGGGAGCAGACGGUGGUUUGGAGCAAAGCAUCAAGAGCCCUUACACGUCCCGUCUCCUCAAACCCUACAUCAGGCGCGACUACGAAAGUCGGCCGCUGAAGAUGAGGCUGCUUACAGAGAUCCGAGCUCGUCGUCGUGAGAUGGAAGGAGAUUUUACCCCCGAAGCAGACACCCCCAUCGACUACUGCUAUGUGCGGCCCGACCACAUACCCGCCGUCAACGCCAUGUGUCACGAGCAUUUCUGGCCAGGGGUGGACCUGUCCGAAUGCCUGCAGUACCCGGACUUCAGCGUGGUGGUUCUCUACAAGAAGGUGGUGGUCGGCUUCGGCUUCAUGGUGCCUGACGUCAAGUACAAUGAGGCCUACAUCUCCUUCCUGCUUGUGCACCCCGAGUGGCGGCGAGCGGGCAUUGGCACCUUCAUGAUCUACCACCUCAUCCAGACAUGCAUGGGCAAGGAUGUGACGCUGCACGUGUCGGCCAGUAACCCUGCCAUGUUGCUCUACCAGAAGUUUGGCUUCAAGGCCGAGGAGUACAUCCUGGACUUUUACGACAAGUAUUACCCGCUGGACAGUAGCGAGUGUCGACAUGCUUUUUUUCUACGACUGCGGCGCUGAUGACCAUUGAGGGGGCAUUGUAGGAAUAGGUUUGUUGUAACAGGAAGACUGUGUUAAUAAAUAGAAUGAUGACAUUCCAUUUGGUGACAUGGUGUUCCCAUGUUCUACUUUUUUUUGUUGUAUGAAAUAGUUGCCAUUUUUCCCUCUGUAGCUAGUGUUGUGGAUUACCAGCAAGUCAGCAAGCCCCGCCCCCUCCAUAGAAAUGAAAGAUUCCUUUUGUUAGUUUGACGCAGGAACUACGUGGUUUGAAUUCAUCUUUUGGCUGUCAAGGCAACACCUGUGCAUUGAGGUGAUUUCUACAAGGACAUGGGAUCACUCAUCCGGUCCGGUGCCAGCGAGCAGAGAUAUCAUGGGUUCGCAGCCGGUCCUGGUGGCCACGUCGCAGGCCGUGUGGCCAUUUUUGUUGCGCAAGCCGGUGGCGGCCUUGCAGCUGAAAGACACAAACAGCGAGUGUGACAUCACGUCACAUGGCUACAAUAUGUUCUACACUACCUGAGCAGAACCUCAGCACACCGCAGACCUUCAGAACCCAGCGCGGCAGCCUCGUGCAACGCCGUGUUCUUCAACCUGGGGAGGAGACCACGUGAUGCGCACAUAUUAGCUCUGAUGCAAAGAACGCAGUGAUGUCAUCGUCCUGGCGCCAUCUUACGGUCCGGAUCGCUGGUCCACGUCCGCGCCGGCCUGCACCAAAACAGGAAGAACCUCGUGAUGACCGUUGGCGGUGGCUAGGGCCAGGGCAUGUCGGCCAUCACUCCCGCAACAGCGUGGGUCCGCUGCCUAUGUGAACAAGACGGCCACCCAAUGGCGGGCAGGUGAAGUGAAGGCGUCUGAUUGGCUGAAGGUGCUCGUUACCUGAUCUAAGAGCUGCUGGAUCACGUCUACGUGACCACGUGCUGGACCCACUUCCUGCAGCAGCUGACUGUCCCUCACCUGAUGCCCACAGCCAAUCACAAAGAGACUUUCAGAAAGAGGGAGAGGCCACACCAGAACACCUGUUUAAUUUUAAUGUUGGUAUCUCACCAUCAUGUUUGUUUUUCUUCCACUUCCUGUCAACACAAAAAUAAAAGCACAGUGUUAAGUUGCUGCAGCGUCACGCUUGCAUGAUAUCAUGCGAACGUUCUCACCACGGCGGCCGGGGUGGGUCCGCUCUGUCACGCUGCUCAAAGUUUCACCUUCAGAACCGAUCUGAAACCCGACAGAAGAACAGAACAGAACCGCUUAACCACACACCUCAGCAAUGUGCUUUACUGUCAAGAGGCUUUGAACUCACACGUCUGACUUCCUGUCUGAUUUCCUGGCUGCCUUCCUGCGAGGACACCAUGAAGCUGAUGGUCACACUGACCUCAUGAGCGUCUUCUUCAAGCACUGCAGACAC